CAAUCAUUCCCACUAAUAUUUUAAAAUAUUUUUAUAAAGUGUAUAAUUUUCAAAUUAAAACAGCUAAACACACACACACAACCACAUUCAAAAAGAGUUGAGCAUUGAAGAAUAUUCUAAGAAAAAUUGUUUCUCUUCUUCAAGAAGUAAAAGCGACUCUCUCUCUCUCUCUCUCAUUAAGCAUCAAAGAAGUUUCUUUCUGUUCUUUUGCUUUGCUGUUACAUUCUCUAGGAAAAAAGGCGUUACCUUUACUCUCUCUGCAUCAACAAGGAAGAGUCUAGAAACUAAAGGAGCUGAAUUUGAGAGAUUUUUUUGUUUCUGGGUUUGUUCAAAGAUGCAAAUUUUUAGUUGCUUCUGCUGUGGAAAAGGAUUUGAUCGGCAAAAGAAGGUGAAAACGGAGCCAUCAUGGAGGAUUUUUUCACUGAAAGAACUUCACGCAGCGACAAACAGUUUUAAUUACGACAACAAGCUCGGUGAAGGCCGAUUUGGAAGUGUGUAUUGGGGUCAGCUAUGGGAUGGAUCUCAAAUUGCAGUCAAGAGAUUGAAGGCAUGGAGUAGCAGAGAAGAUAUAGAUUUUGCUGUAGAAGUCGAGAUUCUUGCUCGUAUUCGUCACAAGAAUCUAUUGAGUGUACGAGGUUACUGUGCGGAAGGACAAGAACGACUCAUUGUAUAUGACUACAUGCCAAAUUUGAGCUUGGUCUCUCAUCUUCAUGGUCAGCAUUCAUCUGAGUCGCUUCUUGAUUGGACCAGGCGGAUGAAUAUUGCAGUAACCUCUGCUCAGGCGAUUUCCUACUUACAUCAUUUUGCAACACCCCGAAUAGUCCAUGGAGAUGUGAGAGCAAGCAAUGUGCUGCUAGAUUCUGAGUUUGAAGCUCGGGUUACGGAUUUCGGAUACGAUAAGCUGAUGCCAGAUGAUGGAGCUAACAAAAGCACCAAGGGUAAUAACAUUGGGUAUCUCUCACCAGAAUGUAUCGAAUCUGGAAAAGAAUCAGAUAUGGGAGAUGUGUAUAGUUUUGGUGUUCUUUUGCUGGAGCUUGUAACUGGUAAGAGACCUAUUGAAAAGGUAAACUUAACAACAAAGCGGGGUAUUACCGAAUGGGUUUUACCUCUUGUAUACGAAAGAAAGUUUGGUGAAAUUGUCGAUCAAAGGCUGAAUGGGAAGUAUGUGGAAGAGGAGCUGAAAAGGGUAGUUUUGGUUGGGCUUAUGUGUGCUCGGAGGGAGCCAGAGAAGAGACCAACAAUGUCUGAAGUUGUGGAGAUGCUAAUGAAUGAAUCAAAGGAGAAAAUGGCUCAGCUUGAAGCUAAUCCACUCUUCAAUGGAAACAAUGAAGGGGAAAUAAUAGAUGAAAGCUCAGAGAUCAUUUCGGAAGAGACAGAUCAUGUAUAACAAGAACAAGGAUAGAUAAAGUCUCUGUUAUUCGAUUUCACGCAUUCUUUUUUUCUUUUGCGAGAAUCUGGUUUUGGUUGUGCUUGUUUUUAGAAGAGUGGUUGUGCUUGCUUUUAGAAUAGCGAAGUUGGUAUUUAAGUUUAUUGUGUUUUUUUUUUUCAAUUUAAGAUUUGAUUUUGAUCA